CAAAGUUGGUCACAAAUCACAUUGGCUUUGUCCGAAGUUUUUUUUCACCUUUCUUUAGCAUGCGACCAUGGGGAAAGUGACCGCUCGUGUCAGUGGGGGAAGUCAGGGUGGUUUAGUGCCCAGGGAACGGCUGUAACUUCUACGUGACCAUGGUACCUGUUGAAAACGCAGAGGCCCCCAGUCUGCUGAAACCGAAGGGGCCAGCAGCCGAGACUGAUGGCAGCGACAGAGCCAGCGGCGGCCGGCAUCCUCCCUGGGCGAGAGGUUGCGGUAUGUUUACUCUCCUGUCAUCUGUCACGGCUGCUGUCAGUGGCUUCCUGGUGGGGUAUGAACUUGGGCUCAUCUCUGGGGCUCUUCUGCAGAUAAGAACCUUGUUAGCUCUGACCUGCCACGAGCAGGAAAUGGUUGUGAGCUCCCUCCUCAUCGGGGCCCUACUGGCCUCUCUCAUCGGAGGGGUCCUGAUUGACAGGUGCGGAAGAAGGGCCGCCAUCAUCCUGUCGUCCUGCCUCCUUGGACUUGGGAGCCUGGUCUUGAUCAUCAGUUUAUCUUAUGCGGCUCUCAUAGCGGGACGCAUUGCUAUUGGGGUUUCCAUUUCACUCUCUUCCAUCGCCACGUGUGUCUACAUCGCAGAAAUUGCUCCCCAACACAAGAGAGGCCUUCUUGUGUCGCUGAACGAGCUGAUGAUUGUCAUUGGCAUCCUUUUUGCCUACAUUUCAAAUUACGCGUUUGCCAAUGUUUCCCACGGCUGGAAAUACAUGUUCGGCCUUGUUAUUCCCUUGGGAGUUUUGCAAGCGAUUGCGAUGUACUUUCUUCCUCCAAGUCCUCGGUUUCUGGUGAUGAAGGGACACGAGGAAGCUGCUAGCAAGGUUCUCGGAAAGCUGAGAGCCAUCUCCGAUACAACGGAGGAACUCACUGCGAUAAAAUCUUCCCUGAAAGAUGAAUAUCAGUACAGUUUUGGGGAUCUGUUUCGUUCAAAGGACAACAUGAGGACCCGAAUCAUGAUAGGCUUAACAUUGGUAUUUUUUGUACAAAUCACUGGCCAGCCAAACAUAUUAUUCUAUGCAUCCACUGUUUUGAAGUCCGUUGGCUUCCAAAGCAACGAGGCAGCUAGCCUCGCCUCCACAGGGGUUGGGGUUGUCAAGGUCAUCAGCACCAUCCCGGCCACCCUUCUUGUAGACCAUGUUGGGAGCAAAACCCUCCUCUGUGUCGGCUCCUCUGUGAUGGCAGCUUCACUGGUAACCAUGGGCAUCGUGAACCUCAACAUCCAUAUGAACUUCACCAAUAUCUGCAGAAACCAUAGUCCUAUCAACCAGUCUUUGGAUGAGUCUGUGUUUUAUGGACCAGGUAACCUGUCAGCCAGCAAUGACACUCUUAGAGAAUCCUUUAAAGGGAUGGCUUCCCGCAGAAGCUCACUAAGGCCCACGAGAAAUGACAUGGAUAAGAGAGGAGAAACGACCUUGGCAUCCUUAUCGAAUGCUGGGCUAAGCCAAACUGAAUACCAGAUCAUCACAGACCCUGCGGACAUCCCAGCUUUUUUGAAAUGGCUGUCCUUAGCCAGCUUGCUUGUUUAUGUUGCUGCAUUUUCAAUUGGUCUAGGACCAAUGCCCUGGCUGGUGCUGAGUGAGAUUUUUCCUGGUGGAAUUCGAGGACGAGCCAUGGCUCUAACUUCUAGCAUGAACUGGGGCAUCAAUCUCCUCAUCUCUCUGACCUUUUUGACUGUGACAGAUCUCAUUGGCCUGCCAUGUGUGUGCUUUAUAUAUACAAUUAUGAGUCUAGCAUCUCUGGUUUUUGUUGUUGUGUUUAUACCCGAAACAAAGGGAUGCUCUUUGGAACAAAUAUCAAUGGAGCUGGCAAAAGAGAACUAUGUGAAAAACAAUAUUUGUUUUAUGAGUCAUCACCAAGAGGAAUUAGUGCCAAAACAGCUUCAAAAAAGAAAACCCCAAGAACAGUUCUUGGAGUCUAAAAAGCUACGGGGUAGGGGACAGCCAAGGCAGCUUUCUCCAGAGACCUAAUGGCCUCAAAAACCUUACAAAUGUUGAUACAGUAUGAGAACAUUUAGGGUGUCUUCCUACCAAUACAUAUUGGCCACUCCCAUGUUUUCUCUUCAGUUUCACAGAGCUAGUUUAAAAGGGACACCCUGAAAUUAUAGAGACAAUCUUUAAUCUCUACCCCCCCAAAAAGGAACCAUGAAAGGGAGGUGAGGAACAAGGUCCCAAGUGAUCCCUUUCUUACUCUGAGCAGAAUACCAGGUUAAAAAAUAAUACCGGUUGGUUCUCUUCCACCUUCUUCACAGAGCAGCCUUUGAAAGACUAUGAACUAGUGAUGAGAACAACUUUGACCUUAAGGUUUGUAUGCAUAGAGGCCAGUUGCGGCUUUAUUAUUAAGACACAGAAGUUGUCUGAACAUAAGCUUAUGGUUUUUUGCCUACCAAGACACUACCUGCACUGGGUCUUGUGUAAAAAAGAACCAGGACACAAUGUGGACAAUUGCAAACAUGUUCUAGGUUAGGAUAGGGUCCUGGUUAGGAUUUUAGUGAUAAUUUCUAAUUACAGUUCAACAAGUAUAAAGAUUAUACAUCCUAUUUUAUGAAUUAUGAACUACAAUGUAAUUCAAAAUAUCCUUUUAUGAAUUUGGUAUUAGCAUUAUAAAAUAUUAAGAGAAACAACUCUGCAAUAGUUGAGAAAAAUAAGCACUUUUCCAUCCAGUUUUUAAAAAUACGAAUAGAAAGGACAAUUUCAAAAUCCUGGGACCAUAUUUAUUUAGAAGUAGCUGUUAGUAAAACACGAGAAAAGGAGUCAGGCCAUUAGGUUAUUUAUCCAAAUCUGUAAGUAAUUAGGUUUGAGUUACUAAGUCAAGCUUAUACAGUUCUCUCUUUGUAAGGCUUUCAUACCUUAAUAGCGAUCCAUAGUUUCCUGUGAUUCUUCGCACUCCUCAGGAUUAUCACUACCUCAGGUUAUGGCCUACAGGCUAUAAUUGAUGCUGACUUUCAGAUGCCUGCAAACAUAAUAAAUGACAUCCAAACAUCGGGACAAUUCCCUCAGUAUGGUCUUCUCUAUGAUGAAACAGAGAUCACCGACUGUACCAGAAACUUGGGUUUUCACCCACACAACAAUGGAUUGCUCUCUUCUGUAUUUCACCAGUUGAAUUUUAAGACGUGGGGAGGCAUUUUACCAAUAGAAUUUGGAUACGAUGAUAGAAAAUCUACAAUAAAGAAUCUCAAACCACUUAUGCAGUAACCCAUUAAAUGACUAAUAUUAUAAGCUAUGGGAGACACACACAAAAAGUACUGAACAACCUAACUUGAAAAAGAAUACAAAAAUAUGAUUAACCUGAAGAAAGGAGAAUCCUAAGAGUCAAAAGCCCUUUUUAUUCAGCUUGAAAUUUUUCUGUUGGCCCAUAACAAACUGUCCCA